UGAUACUAUUUUGGGAAUAUUUUUUCUCUUUCAAUUUGGGAUUGGUUUUAUUGGAAACACAUUAUUACUCAUGUUAAACAUCAACACUUUAUUUCAGCCCCCCUCCAAAAAGCUUAUAGAUUUGAUAUGCACCCAUUUAACUUUAGCUAAUAUCAUGACAAUUCUUUCCAGUGUGACUCCAGAAAUAAUAAAUGCUUUUGGGGUAAGAAAUUUUCUGGAUGACAUUGGUUGUAAGGCAGUGCUGUACAUCUACAGAGUCACACGGGGUGUCUCCCUCUGCACCACGUCUUUCCUGAGUAUUUUUCAGGCCAUAAUUAUCACUCCUAGCAACUCUAGGUGGGCAUGGCUCAAACCCAAAGUCUCCAUGUACCUUUUUCCUGCCUUCUUUUCUUUCUGGAUCAUCAACAUGCUGAUCUACGUCCGUGUCAUCAUAACUGCUGUGGGCCCCUACAACAUCAGUGAAGUUGGACAAGUGUAUUCACUGACAUACUGUAGCGGGAGAGAACCUGAUAAACUUCAGGAGGCUGCUUUUCUAGGGGGCAUGGUCUUACGAGAUAUUCUGUGUAUUUGCCUCAUGAUCUGGACCAGUAUGUAUAUGGUAAACUUUCUCUUCAUACAUCGCAAGACAGUCCAGCAUGUCCAUAGGACCAGCCUCUGCCCAAGACCAUCUCCCGAAACCAGGGCCACCCACACAAUCCUGGCACUGGUGAGUUGCUUUGUUUUCUUUUACUGGACCAACACUUGCCUUACCAUUUACAUAAUUUACAGACAUAAUGUACAAAGGUUGGAGAACAUUACUAUUUUUCUCUCCUCUUGUUAUCCAGCAGUCUGCCCUUUUGUGCUGAUCAAAAAUAAUAAUAGACGAUCAUUUCUGAACUGUAACUUUGCAAAAACGAGAAAGUCCUCACCACAGUCUAUGUCCCUUAGAGGUUUGAACGCCCUCACAAACUUCUUUGACACAAGAGCCAUGUGA